CUUGUUAAAUACCAAAGCCAACAAAGAGCCGUGUGAGGAAGUGGCUGCAGGCUGCACUGCUGCUGGGAGGGUGUGUCCUCAAAAAAAAAAAAAACGGGUUCAAAGGUCCCUGCUUUCUGGUCUAUAAACACGGGAUUGUCUGCAGUGGGGAAGAAGCUCCUCUAACGCAGAUUUGCUCUGUUGUUCUGGUUCUGGUGUCGGUCGGCGUAGGUUUGACUUAUUCCUGGAUGUCCCGAGGCUCAGGUGACCACUAAAGAGGACGAAAUGCGAGUGCACGCACACACCAAAUUCUGCUUCCUGUGUGUGCUCACCUUCAUCUUCCAUCACUGCAACCACUGCCACGUGGAAGGCCAUGACCACACGAGUGACGGACACCAGCACAGCGACCUGCAGAUUUCCGAGGCUCCGUACGUACGAUCCCCCACGGCGUCCCCCGAGUCCAACGGUGCUGACGUGGGGCCCCUAGAGGAAGAGCAGCGUUUCUACAUCCAGCAGCUGUUCAGGCGCUACGGGCAAAAGGAUCGCUUGGACUUCCAUGGAUUCCAGAGUCUGCUCUUCAGUCUGGGUCUGGGGGAAGUUAAGUUGGUAGGUGUGGACCACGAGGAUCUGGGCCACGACCACGUAGCCCACCUGGACCUGCUGGACGUGCAGGAAGGGCUUCACUCACACUCGUCCUCCGGCGAGGUCCACAGUCACGACCAUCACGACCACAAGUCCCAUCCCCACCUUCCACACGCAGAACAGGUCCCCACACGCUGCAGCCACACCACCGCUUCCAGUCCAGAGCCCGGCGGGCCCACAAAGCAGGACCACGAUCACAGAGACACACGGGGUGGGCACCAGAAACAUUCUGACGAUCACGGCACCCACGACCACAACCACGACGAAGACCAUCAACACCAGCAAACAGAGGUCCAGUCUAACCACAAAGACCUUACCUCCAGAGCCCAUCAGGGCCUCAGGAACCACAGCGGCGACCACCACCACCACGGUCACCACCAGACGGCGCACCCCGAGCCGCCGGUGACCCCGACAAGUCCACCAAAGAGGACCAGGAAGUCGGGAAAGGCCAGGAACCAGCCAAGACCCAACAAGUUCCCUUCCUCCGAACCGCCGCAGUCUGGAGACCAUGAACACCAACACGGUCAUGACCAUCACCACCAACAUGACCCGAGUCACUCCCAUAAAGACAAGAGAGAGGCCCCGGGGCCGGCGGCUGCGGCUGGAGCUUCACCGGAGCUUACAGAACACGCGGGCGGACUGACGCACCAACACGAGGAGUGUCUGAACCUGACUCAGCUCCUCACCUACUACGGCUUGCACCUGGACUCCGUCAUCUCCCCCACUGAGUUCACCUUCCUGUGCCCCGCCCUGCUCUACCAGAUCGACAGACGCGUCUGCAUCCGCCAUUACCAUAAGAUGGAUGUGGAGCAGGAGGCCCUGGAGCCCGUCAGCUCUGUGUGGGUGUGGAUCUGGGGCUUCGUGUCCAUCACCAUCAUCAGCCUGCUCUCGCUCCUCGGCGUGGUUCUCGUUCCCAUCCUCAAGCAGUCCUGCUUCAAGUUCCUGCUCACCUUCCUGGUGGCGCUGGCGGUGGGCACGCUCAGCGGAGACGCUCUGCUUCACCUGCUGCCUCACUCCCAGGGGCAACACGACCACGGCGAGCACGACGCCGGCAACAGCACCGAUCUGGCCACGGACUUCGACGGCGUGUGGAAGGGUCUGACCGCGCUGGCCGGCAUCUACCUCCUCUUCAUCAUCGAGCAUUGCAUCGGCAUGUUCAAGCACUACAAGGACCAGCGGGAAUCGAGGCGUGAGAACGAGGAGCGGAAGAUCGGCAGGAAGCUGUCGGAUCACACGCUGAACCGGCGCUCGGACGCAGAGUGGCUGAACCUGAAGCCCCUCAACGAAGACCCGGACAACUCGACUGUGUCCUGCGACAACACCCACAACGACACGCAGCUCACAGAUCUCCAGACGCCCGACUCGCCCACCAACACCACCCCGCUGACGCCCACGGACCCCCAGCGGGUCCCCGGCUCCCCCACCAAGGUCCCCGUCCUGAAACCCAGGAAGCACCGGCACUCCCACUCCCACGGCCACGGACACUCCCACGGAGGGAACUGCCACUCGGACCAGGAGAUGAAGGACGCCGGGAUCGCCAGCAUCGCCUGGAUGGUCAUAAUGGGAGACGGCAUGCACAACUUCAGCGACGGCCUGGCUAUCGGCGCAGCGUUCAGCGCCAACAUAACGGGAGGCAUCAGCACAUCCGUGGCCGUUUUCUGCCACGAACUACCUCAUGAACUCGGCGACUUUGCGGUCCUGCUGAAGGCCGGCAUGUCGGUGAAGCAGGCCAUCGUCUACAACCUGCUGUCGGCGCUCAUGGCCUACGUGGGCAUGGUGAUCGGCACCGCCGUGGGCCAGUACACGCACAACGUCACCAACUGGAUCUUCGCCAUCACGGCAGGGAUGUUCCUCUACGUGGCGCUGGUGGACAUGCUGCCGGAGAUGCUCCACGGUGACAGCGAGGAGCACAAGCGCUGCCAAGUGGGCCACUUCGUCCUGCAGAACAUCGGCAUGCUGACCGGCUUCAGCAUCAUGCUGCUCAUCGCCAUCUUUGAGGAGCGCAUCGUCUUUGACUUCGGCUUCUAGGCGGAGGAGGAGGAGGAGGAGGAGGAGGCGUCCUCCCUCUGCGGCGUCCUGCAUGCGCUUCAGAACCGCAGCUGUGGGUGUCUCACAUCCGCUCCUCCUCCUCCUCUUCCUCGGCUUCACGCCUCCAUCCGGACUCUGAGGGGCAGCAGGAUGGAGCCUCGCCGCCCGCCUGUCCUCGCGUCUCCUUCCUUCCUGCCUCCGUCUCGUCUCCCGUCGUCUGUGGCUUGUACCGCCAUCCAUCAGCUGAUGAUGUCAUCACGCUGCGUCUUCGCUGACCCAGCUGGCGGCGCGGCGCCACGCCCCCCUCAUGCAGAUCCACAGUUCUACGUUUGUUUGGGUCCGUAGGGAACCUGGACUCGGUGAGAGCCGCUGCCAAAGCCUCAAACCUCAGCACAUCCUGACCGUCGGCCAGGUUCUGACAGGUUCUGCCAGGUUCUGACGGGUUCUGACGGGCCGAUCCGGAGCCAAACCGAGACAUUUUUUCACGUCCGACUUUUUCAUUUUCUUUUUUUAAAUGAGAAACGACUUGAAGCUGUGAAUUCAGACCAACAGUCGCCUGGGUUUGUUUGGGUUUCUCCUCAGCUGCAGGUUCUGUAGAAAGUGCCGACCCGCGUCCUCCGAAAGGUUCUGGUCGGAUCAAAGACUCCUCCUGAACAUCUGAGGAACACCGACCAGGCGGAACGGCUGCCGGCACCUUUUGAAUCAUUCCAAGUUUCUGUUUGUGGCCGUCGCUCUUCCUCACAGAACCUUCACCGGGCCGAGCCUCGUAAGCCCCGCCCCCUCCGUCUUCGCCACAUUCCAUUGGCUGAUGCCCGCUGGAGCGCGCAAACGUGACCGUGGGUCCAUCCUGUCACUGUGUGACAUCGCCGCCUGGAUCGUCGUUCUCGUGCUGUUCUUGAAUCAUGUUCGCGUUGAGCAGAACGGUACCGAGGUUCUACGGAACCCAGACGGUUCUGCUGCUCAUCAUGUGAAGGCAUUUUUAGUUUUUAGUCUGCUCGUGUUCCCCGUGUGGUUCCAGUGGGUGUCGGUCGCUUCACCCCUUCAUCACUCGGUACCUUUGCAGUUUGGGUCAGAACAGACAGAAUUAACGUUUGUCGCUCCCAGAGACUCCGGUAAGAGAACGAUAAAGAGAUGCAGCGUUAAAAUCCCACGACGGACGUUUAAUCUGAACAGUGCAGCUAAAACUUUGAUUAAAAUACAACUGGACUCAAAUUUCAGGCCCACUUUAUGGUUGAUCUUUGAUCUAAAGCCGGAUCGGUCCAGAGAAAUUAACCAAACUCUUUAGACGCUGCGUUAGACCCAGUCUAGCGGCGUUUCCAGAACCCAGAAGAAGUUAGAAAUAAAUAAGACAAAUCUGCUCCAAUGGGGGAAAGAAUCUGGGACAAUUUGUGGUUUGAUGAAGCUAAAUUGGAGACGAGCCGCGAUGAAAGGUGGAGGUGUGAUUACUUUUGUUGAGACGGACCUUAAGAUUUGAAUCCAAUUAGGAAACUGAAGAGUUAUCGGGUCAUUUUCAGUUCUCUAGCUUUAAGGUUUUGGCUCAAGAGGCGUUUGAUUUCCUGCUUCCCUUUAAGUUUAAAAGACGCAGGUUUAUAUUUCGGGUCCAAUUUGUCUCCAUUUUUCACUUCAGUGUUAAAAAUUUAAAAUCCGUCUGUAAGCAUCCGGCAGCUGAUUUUUAAAAGAUGCGGCGGAUUUAAACACGUUUAUCUCCACUCAUUAGAAAAACAUUAAGCUGAGCCGUGGAUGAAGGGGUGAAGUGACCCGGACCCGUUGCAGCAGAACCUGAAUCAUUUUACUGUAACAUGCAAUCAGUGGUUCUCUGCAGCUUGGGUCCAGCUUGCUGGACGAGGACAGACGCCGGUUCCUCGCUGCUGAUUCACCACGAGGACAAAAAAAAAAACGCCUCUGUCAUUUUUUUAUGUGUAUAUUUGUUUUGUAAAGUGCGUAUAAAAUGUAAAAUGUGACAUUCUUGCUGUUAGCCUGUCGGUGCGAUCUCCAGAUGCUGAAGAAGAAUAAAGUGAUAUGAAGAUGCUGCAA